AUGAGGUCUUCUGGUACAGAAUUCAAUGUCAUAACGUGGAAAGCCGUAGCUGGAGGUUUUUUGCUUGCAGGCAACCCUGGAGGAGCUUUGGGGUUAGUCUGUGAGAUGAUAAAUCACUUUAAUGACAUGUGUGGACAGUGGAAUGAAAGUUGCAGUGCAAUAAUGGUGGUGACAAAAUUGGGUACUCCUACUCCACCGCUAACAGGAACAUGGCCGUCAUCUGGGAAGAGGAAAGAGAUUCACGGUCUCGCACUUAGCAGUUUUCUUACAGGGAUUGACAAUGUUCAAAACAUGAUCACGAUGUAUUCCAAACGCAACGACCAAAGAAUGUUUUUGUGGUGUUUCAACAAAUUCAAGAAGAGUUUGGCCAACUGGAACUCUAUCAUUUCUGGCUUUGCCAGAGUUGGCAGAUCGGAGAAAGCCUCCGCCGUGAUCAAGGAGAUAAUGCUCUCUGCCCGUCAGCCAAAUUUAGUGACUCCUGGAAGCAUUCUUCCUCUCUGCACAACUGUCGACGGAAAGAGUUUCACUGAUAUAUCCUGUCCUGUGGCACCAGAACUUUUGAGGGACUGUUUUAUCCUAUGGAAUUCCCUUCUUAAUAUGUGUGCAAGAUCCGGAAAAGUUGAAGCUUCAAAGAAAGUAUCUGACUUGAUGAGCAAGAGGGAUAACUUAACGUAUACUUCCUUGAUAGAUGGGUAAGGCAUGCGGGGUGAAGGAUGUGUAGCCUUAGCACUGUUUCAAGAGAUUAUCGGAUCUGAUGUCAAACCUGCCCAUGCAACUAUGGUUGCAGUUCUAUUGGCCUGCAGCCGUUCUAGGUUAAUGCAUGAAGGACGAAGGCUGUUUGAGAACAUGGAGUGGGACCAUGGGAUACAUCCUUGUCUUGAACUUGCUUGUAUGGUUGAUCUCUAUGGCAGAGCAAGUCUCUUGAAAGAUAUAAUCCAAAGAAUGCCUCUCGAGCAUAGCAGCUCCGUGUGGGCUACUCUACUGGGAGCUUGCCUCAUUCAUGUGAACACGUAUAUGGGUGAAUGGGCAGUUGAAACUCUGGGCAAGAAACCAGAUACACCAGGGUACUAUGUACUGAUAGCAAAUAUGUAUGCAGCUGCUAGUUUUUGGAACAAGCUUGCUGAGUGGAGGACUUUGAUGAGGGAUUUGGGUGUGAAGAAGGCUCCUGGGCGUUCUUGGUUCAAUCUAGUGCUGGGUUUUCUCAGGUUCGAGGCAGUCUCUCCCAUAUUUGCAGACACAGCCCAGAAAUCCUGUGGUAAUCAGGCAAGGCAAAUGGGCAUGUCUGUUUCAUAAAGUAGCUGCAAAAUUCUGAGAGGAAGAUGGCUCCCAUCGAACGCGAAGGUGUGAACACGUCUCUUUUCUUCUAAAAAGGUUCUAUCUGAGCCGUUAGGAUGGAUGCUUUGCAUGGUGGUAGUGGGAACACAGAUGUUUAAAGAGGAGAAAUUGGGAUUUGGCGGCGAUGCUCAUCCAAACGCCAAGUUAACUCCAACUGGAGGUUAUCAUCAAUGAAUUUUUGGAAGGACUCCAGGAUUGCCUGUCAUGGUAAUCAAUCGAGUUCAGGGAAAGAUGUUUGCAGGCGAUGAGGUCCCGGACAGAGGACAAAUCAUGGCAGUUGAUGCCCGAGUCAUAAAGCUCCUGACCACCUGGGACUUAAUGGUGACGGCUGGAGAAUCUCCAAAGCUUGAAGGCUUUAAGGAGAAAGGGGAAAUGAGAGUGGAAGAGAGAGAGAAACUCGUACUUCUCUUGCCUUUCCUUUUGGAUACAAUAUGUGGCAAAGUUAAAGAGAGUGUUUUCAUUCUGACCUGCCUUUGCCACAACAUUAACUGGUUUCCUAAUGUUGCUUUUGGAAGGAUUUGUGAAUCUAUUAUCAGGAAAUAGAAAUUGUUGCAGCUUUUUAGAGAUGAAA